AACAUGUAUACAAAUAUCGACCCGGCAAAACGACGUCUGCUAAACCGUAUGUUGUAUAGCCUAGAGUUUUACCAGUAUAUGCACACCCUUCGGACUAAAGAAAUUUUAUCUAGGUAAGUUUACAUUUUCUUGACUUUGGUAUAUAGAUUUUAAUCCAUUUUACCCCCAAAUAUUGCCGUUUCAGAUCUUGUAUGCGGUAGAGUGCUCAUAGCCUGAAUAUAAUGUUGUGGUUUUAAGUCAACAAAUAUGGCGGCUACAGUUUACUACGUGUGUAGUCUGCUAUGGUGAUGUGUGAACGUUCUGUCACGGCAUCUUGAGAUCCUGUGGUGUUGCAAGUUUAUCUUAUUUUUCUGAGUAAUUUAGUGCCCGACCAUUGUCAAUACGCGGGGUACGCAUUUAUCACUUUGACCAAAUGAAAAUUGCACAGCAACGCGAGAUCAUAUACUGGAGCCCAUGCAUUUGCAUAUAUUCAUUUUAUGUGCGUGUGAUUGCAUGCCUAGUUUACAUAUAUCCCCCCCGAAUCGCAACGUGUCAUUUCCAGUUCUUCUGAACUAAUAAAAUAAAAGUGUAUAUCAUACUACGAUCAACAAGAAAUUUACUGCGAAUUUCAAAUAGAAAAUUAGCAUUAUGGACAGGUUGGAUUUAGCAUAAUUGAAGUGGGUUUUUUUAAUUGCGUGGAAUUAUAAAGGGGAGGGGACAUCCACGAAUGGCACACAAGGUGUAAAAUUUCUACUAGUACCUGAACUCUCUUGACCCAUUGAUCGUGCGAAUGAUUUUUGAAGUAUCCCCUGCACUCACGAUUGAAUGACACUGGUUGGGAUCAGUAUGAUUAUAAAACAAUUAAAACUGAAAUUUAUGGUUUUCAUAUUAAGGAAUAUAAUGUAUUGUGACAGAUUGAUUUAUGAUAUUGUAAUAGAAAUUCAUCCUAGCAUGCAAAACUCGAAAUCAUUGAUCACCAUCUUGGAGAGCGCAUUGGACAGCCACGUGCCCAAAUCAUUGUUUUUUAUGCCCAAUCAAACUUCUUUCAACAAGUCUUCGCGCACUUGUUUAUCUAAAGGGGAAUCUAGCGGUAAAAAAUGUGUAAUCUGAGAAUUAAAAAAGAGCAGCCCAAAUUGCAUUAGUCACGUGAUAAAGACGUUUUCCUAUGACAGAGAAAUAAAACUAAAUUUAUUUCUUCCCGUUAAACAUUGUCGAGCAUAAUUUUAAAAGUUUAUUUAUACCCAGGUGCAUACAAAUCAAGGAUAUCCGGGUUAAAAUGUCACGGUUUCUCACGUAAUAUUUUGACGAAUAAAAUGCUUGAUGUUAAGAAAAAGGAAAUAUUAAAUGCGCCGAAUCGGCAUUCAAAUUGUAGUAUAACUUCUCUUAACGUCACAUGAAAAAAAAAAAAUAGAUAAAGAGGAAUUAAAAUCGUUGGUGUAAGUAGUAGAAUGGAUUCAGAUUGGCACAUCUUGUAAAUUAUUUUAAAAUUCGAUCUCGAUAGAAGUCGUUUCAGGAAGAAAACCAUUAUAAAGCUACAUUUUUAUUCUAAAACUCCAUCCUGCUGUCCCUUUACAGCAUUUUAUGCAAAUUCUGCGCAACCAAUUUGUAUUUAUUAAUUAGAUUUGCAUUGAUGGAGGGUGAAAAAUCGGCAAUUCAAUGAACAAGGCCUCGAUUCAUUUUGUAUUCAUUCGUUUUUCUCUUGACUAGUUAUUGUGUUAUUGCUUCCUAUAUUCUGAAUGGGAAAUUAACUUCGAUCAAAAUGGGAUAUACAUGAAAAAAAAAAAAAAAAAAAAAAAAAAAAAAAGCUAGACUUGUUCGAUAUAUUUGUAAGCUGAAGACAGUCGAUCUCUGUCGUUUUGCGUUAGCGAUUAAAUCAGAUUUUAGAUUGAAAAAUAUCACUUAUAUUAAAUUUGCUAGAAGCUUCUUUGAUAUUUUGUUGAGAUUGGCAAAACAGUGGCCCGGGGGAUAAAUAUACCUGAACGAGAGAGAGAGAGAGAGAGAGAGAGAGAGAGAGAAUUGAAAAUUUUUUUUUUACUGAUUUAUUAUCGUGUUCAACUACAAAUUGGAAAUUUGUAAAUUACACAUGUUGUAUAAGGUAGCGAGUUCAUUAAUGCAUAAUUUGCAGCACUUCUACCUCCUAUGACGAUGUACAUUGGUUCGGAUGUUGAUAGUAGGCAUUAGUGGUAUACAGGGAAUAAUUAGAAAACGCAGUUCACUUAGCGCCACAUUAGAAGCGCAUUACGAUGCUGAGUUUCACUCGUUUCUUUAAUUAGCCAUCGAGGGCGGGAAGGUUUUGUCCGUCACAUUCAUAUAUUCGUUCCUUUAAACAUUUUGGAGACUGAGAUAACGGGAAGAAUUCGAUUUAAUUUAGGGAUGAUUCGAGUCGCGGAGACGUAGCGGUGGUUCAUUAUCCCCCUAAAUGGAUGAUGAAUUGUGGAUCAGGGAUUUUGAUGAAGGGGUUUUAUCGAGGCAGCAGCUGAGUUAAUCUCAUCUUUAUCUACUACGACUUCAGGUUCUGACAAAUUGUUUCCCGCCUUUUUGGAAAAAAAGGCUUCCUGAAAAAUUCGUUGAUCGAUCGUCCAUUUCGAUAUUUGGUGGAUUUUUCGGACGUGCUCUCGCCAUGAUGAAAAGUGCCCGGAUGCCAGUGCACGAGUUGAAUCCGUAUCUGACGUGUGUGCUGUGCGGGGGAUAUCUCAUUGAUGCCACCACAAUCAUUGAAUGUCUUCACUCGUUCUGUCGGACGUGCAUCGUGCAUUACCUCCAUACCAGUAAUUAUUGCCCGGUAUGUGAGUGCCUUGUGCACAAAAAGUACCCACAUCAAAACCUGAGAUCAGACAAGACGCUACAAGACGUUGUCUAUAAACUGGUUCCUGACCUCUUCAUGGAGGAAAUGAGGAGACGGCGGAAGUAUUACAACGUCAACACAGAUGAUUCACAGCGCCGACUGGGGCGUAUUAUUUUCUCCCCGGAGGAGAAGAUCAGUUUAUGCAUGAGAUUAUGUACAAGGCGGGUCUGUGAAAGCAGUAAUCAGGAUUACGAGUUUCAGGAUAAACGGUACCUCCUGUGUCCUGCACAGAUGAGUGUUUACCAUCUAAAAAAGUUCCUGCGACUGAAAUAUUCCUUGUCAGACAGACUAGAGGUGGAGCUAUUUCACGUGGACGAGGUGCUGAGAGAUGAAUACAGUUUGGUGGAUGUUAGUUACAUUACGGGAUGGACAAGGGAACAUAUGAUGGUGCUGAAUUAUGCAUUUUAUGAAAACUCGAACAAGAAAUUCAAAGGAAAUUCAUAUAGUGGUGCUGUAUCACCUGGCAACGAGGACUCUGGGAUAGAGGACGAGAAUUCAAAUCAAGACGAAAAUAACCCGGAUAAGAACCACGUGACUUCUCAAAGCUCACAAGCAUCGAAGGAAAACGACAAUCAACAACCAUCAGAUGGUGACGGAAACGCGCCCGAUUCACCACCAACAGAUGAAACGGAAAAGUUGGAAGAAGACGCCGCUGGUGCAGUAGAUACGACGGAGAAAGAUGCAAGUGCUGAUAUAAAGCAAGAUACAGUCAAUCUCGAAGGAAAAGAAGAGGUACCUGAGCAUGCUGAAAAACAAAAUAGUGGUACAGACGCUGAGAAACACAAAGAUGUUCGUGAAGAAUCCGGAGGCAAAGAGGGGGAAAUGGUAUCGCUAAACUUGCCUAGUAAAACUUCUGACCCCCAAAGAAAAGUAGAUGUGCUUGAAAAAGACAAUCACGCAGUAGAAGAAAAAGAAGAACCAAAUUUUAUUCGGACAACCACGGGUCGUAAGAGCAAUAGCGUAGCCAUUGAAGAUGAUGAGGGAGCGCUACAGAUUGUUAUUGAUGACUCAAAAUCAGAGAAAAGCUCGGAUGAUUCUGGUAUACAGGUGUCUGAGAAUAGCCCUAAUGAAAAUGACAGUGUGUGUUCAAAUGAAAGUCGGUCUCCAUCGGUGCCAAUCAAAAUCCCUCAUCCAGAAAUGUUCAAACCACCCAUCUCGUAUCAUAAUGGCGAAGAUCAAUCGAAGUCCCCAAAAACAUCCACACCAUUCCAUUCUUUGAAUAGUCCCAGUAGUAAAUACCCGAGGUUUACCGAGUCUUUAGUGUUUAACGAUUCCGGCUUCUCAUCUUACAGUUCUGUCAACGAUUCCAUUGCACAAACGUCGUCUUGUCCACAAACGGAUUUUGACACGGAUGAAAUAUGGACGGACGGUGUGAUGGACCUGUCAAAACCAAAACCAAAAGGUACUGACUGCUACCAAGAUGUGAGAUCUUCUGUUGCUGAGGACGAGGAUGAAGAAGAGGUAGAGAAAUACACGUACGUAGUGGACGGUUUGGAAGAAGGCGAUGGAGACAUGGAGGUAGACUCAGGCUAUGCAAAUGAGGACAACACCCCAGAAAGAUACUCUGUUUUGUCUCCAGAUCAGAACGAGGUUACAUCCACUCGAAUGGAGCAUAUACCAUACCAAAUUCCAGCCAUGGUGGGAAAACCUCAGUUUUAUACUCCAAAGUUGUCAGAUUCCUCAAAUUUAUUAUGGAAAGGGGAGAAGAUUGAGGAUGCAUCGAAGAAAUCUUCCAGUGGAAAACACCAUAAGAGGAGAAAGUCUUCCGAAAGUUCCAAACAUAAAGUAGUUUUCUCAAACGGACAUUCAAAAUGUACCGACGUAUGCAAUGGACAUUCAGUGGAGCCUCGCUCUGAAAGUUCCACGUAUAAAAAGCACCAAAGCGAGAAAUUUAUUCUGAACCAGCCACGUUGUGAAAAACUGAUCAUCAGUCAGCCUCGGUGUGAAAAGGCGCCAAAAAAUAAACCUCGUUGUGAAAAAUUGGUUGUAAAGCUCAGUAAGGAAAGAAACUCAGAAAACUAUACAGCAACAAUGUCAUAAAUCAAGUGUGUUUCAUCUGUGGUUAGGUGGCGCAGAUUUCUUUGUUAUAUAUGUAUAUUCCACUGCCAUAAAACUUUGUUCCUAGAUAUACAAUCAUCAUUAAUUGUAUAGUGCAUGAUUGUUGUGUUAUCCAAGUGUUUAUACUCACAAAUUCACCCAAAUAUCAAUACAGAAAGGAGGACGGUGAAAUUCCUAUACAUGUAUAUAAAGGAGUGUAUUUUGAAAGAAAUCUAUGGAAGACAGAAAGUGACAUAACAUCUGGAUUAUCUAAACAAUGGCUAAACCACAUGUUUUAGAUAGAAAGAUGCCUUUAGUUGUCAAAAGGUGAACUUCUUGGUCAGACUGGAAGAAAGUUGUUUUUACAAAACAAGAGGCAUAUGUCGACAACCUUCAUAUCGGUGCUGUGUGAACCAUUGAGAAUCAUUUUCUAAUUUUGCUCGCUUGUUUCGAGUAAUGUUGUGUAAGUAAUAAGUAAUGCAGGGCAACAGGUCACUUAUCACGCUACACUGUAAUGUGUUCUAAAAUCCAUGAAUCCAUAUUAUCACAUGUUGACUUGUAUCGUGAAAUAUAUUUUAAGGUUGUUGUCUUUUGAUGUGCACCUUUUUUUAUUAUUCAUUUACAGUCUUUGAAAAUGGGUUGACAUAUUUGAAGAAAUUACGCAGCAAGUACAUAUCAUGCAUAUAUCAAUUCAGAUUUUCGCUUUCUCUACCAUUUCUAUAUGAUAUAUGGUAUGGAAUUUUCAGAUGUUUGUGCUGUGCAUAUGUGAAGUUUAAAAACAGUGUUAUGGAAUGGUAUGGUAAAAGAUGGGAUUAGAGAAAAUAAGCUUCCGUUUGAAAAGAGCCCGACUCGGUCCAGGUGUAUAUUGUGCAUGUACUAGUGUACUCAAGUCAGCAAUAAUUAAGCAAACUAUUGGAGUAAUAAUGUUUAAAAGAAUAUAUGUCGAAUUAGUUUGCAUGUAUUAUAUGGGGGUAUACACACAGUGGGAAUAUAGGAUAAUUUGCAUAUAUUUCCCAGAAUAACAAUAGACACUAUUCUUUAUAGAGUAUAAUUUAACUUUUAUAAGUAAAGGUUUUUAUAUCGUGUUGGAAGGUCACUUGCGUGUUACAUUGUUAUAAAAAAUUACAAACAAUGAAAAUAGGUAAAUGCAAAUAUAUGGAGAUGAAAGAAAUAAGGCAUAUAAUUAACAAAAGGCUCGCAGUGUAGGGGGAAAUGUUUGCAUUCUCCACCUUUAUAUAAAGGAGUACGGUUUAUGUGUUAUUGAGGUUCCAUGAAGGAGUCUGUUAGAGUUUUAUGUCAAUAUGUUAUGGUACAUGCAAUAACUUUUUAUACACCAUUGUAAAGGAAUGCAGCAUUAGUGCUAUAUAUCUAUCUUUCUCUCUUUCUCCAGAAUUAAUGUACAUUUUUAGACGUUACGAUGCUUGCAAUAUGAGGAGUUAGUAGACUGAAGGACCAUGUGAGUUGUUAAGUGUGAUUUUUUUUCUGUUGUUGGUGUUCAUGAUAAAUGUUUAUAUCAUAGGUUUUUUCUUAGAUCACUUCGUUAAAAUUACAGAUUUUGAAUAAACCCCAUUCUGUUUACA